AUGCCAUUCGGAUUGAAGAAUGUUGGAGCCACAUAUGAAAGAGCAAUGGUUAUGUUAUUCCAUGAUAUGAUGCACCGAGAAGUGGAGGUUUAUGUGGAUGACAUACUUGCAAAAUCAAAGAAGGAAGAAGAUCAUGUGCAAGUAUUAAGAAGACUAUUUGAAAGGCUGCAAAAGUACCAGCUAAAGUUGAACCCUGCAAAAUGCUCAUUCGGGGUAAAAAUAGGAAAAUUGUUGGGCUUCAUACUAAUAGUGACAUGUGAGCCAAUUUUUCGCUUACUCAGGAAGAAAAAUCCUGGAGUAUGGGACAAUGACUGUCAGGAAGCCUUUGAUAAAAUAAAGAAGUAUUUGCAAAUUCCACCGCUGCUAGUACCUCUAACACUAGGGAAACCUUUGAUCUUGUAUUUGACAGUAACAGAAACAGCUAUGGGCUGUGUACCGGGACAACAUGAUGAGUCAGGAAGGAAAAAGCUCAGGAAGUAUAUGUUGUACUACACAACCUGGUUGAUUUCAAAAUUAGAUCCACUCAAUUAUAUCUGUGAAAAACCUUACCUGUCAAGUAGAAUAGCAAGGUGGCAAGUGUUGUUGGCAGAAUAUGACAUUGUCUUUAUGACAAGAAAAGCUGUAAAAGGAAGCGUAAUCGCAGAUCAUCUUGUAGAUCAUGCCAUGAAAAACUAUGAGCCUUUAAACUUUGACCUCCUAGAUGAAGAUGUGAUAGUAAUCGAGAAAGGAGGUGGGGAAAGCGAUACGUGGACCCUUUACUUUGAUGGUGCAGUAAAUGUAUCAAGAAAUGGGGCAGAAGCGGUAGUAAUUUCCCCAGAAAAUAAGCAGUAUCCUGUUUCAAUAAGGUUACUGUUUGAAUGUACCAAUAAUAUGGCCGAGUAUGAAGCCUGCAUUAUUGGCUUAGAAGCGACAUUAGAACUUAAAGCCAAUAAGCUUGAGGUCUUCGGGGAUUCCUUGUUAAUCAUUUGCCAAGUCAAAGGUGAGUGGCAAACCAAGGAUGAGAAAUUGAAGCUGUAUCAAAAUUAUCUCUUGAGGUUAGCUAAUGAAUUUGAAGAGAUCAAAUUCACCCACAUAAGUAGAGAUAAGAAUCAGUUUGCUGAUGCCCUGACAACCUUAGAUUCAAUGACACAAGUCGAUAUCAGAAGCAAGAUCCAGCCAAUAGAUAUCGAAGUUAGAAGCUUCCAAGCCCAUUGUUGCUUAAUUGAAGAAUCUCCAGAUGGGAAACCAUGGUAUAAUGACAUCAAGAAGUUUCUCCAACAUCGAGAAUACCCUCAAGGGAUUUCCAAGACAGAUGAAAAGACUUUGAGGAGAAUGACCAGGAAUUUUUACUUAGAUGGAGAAAUUUUAUAUAAAAGGUCAUUUGAUGGGGCCCUACUCUGGUGUCUGAAUGAAAAUAAGAUUGAACAAACAUUAAAAGAAGUCCAUGAGGGGAUUUGUGCUACACAUGCUAAUGGGCAUACAAUGGCAAAACAAAUACAAAGAAUAAAUACGCCUCCAACACCUCUGUUCAAUAUGAUCUCACCUUGGCCUUUUGAUAUGUGGGGUUUGGAUGUUAUAGGGCCAAUCAACCCUAAAGCAAGCAAUGGACAUAGAUUUAUUCUGGUGGCCAUCGACUAUUUCACCAAAUGGGUAGAAGCCAACUCUUACGCCCAUGUAACGCAAAAAGUAGUCAAGAGAUUCAUUGAAAAGGAUUUGGUUUGUCGUUAUGGUUUGCCAAUAAGAUUGGUAACUGAUAACGCUCAAAAUUUCAAUGGGAAGUUGAUUGACGAACUAUGCACCAAGUGGAGGAUUAAACACCUUAAUUCUUCCCCUUAUAGACCAAAGAUGAAUGGGGGUAGUGGAAGCAGCCAAUAA